AGCAACGGGGUCAACCUUCACGCGGAAGUGAAAGACCAAAAAGUCGGCUUGCUGUGUGGCUGAAGAGGAAGCUUUCGUUCCUGUUUUUCGUCCCGAAAACGGGUUGUUUUUCUUCAGAAAUGCAGUUCACGACAGGGUAGAAGAGGAGACAAGCCUGUUUAGCUAUGCAGGGCUAAGACAGGUCGUAUCAGACGCGCGAGGUUCGCCUGGCGUUCCCGUAACUUUUAUCAGUUAGCUUUCGAAGUAGACAUGUUAUCCGGUAUGUGCAGAUAUUUCGGUCCGUUGUCGGAAAACAGGAAACCACACUGUCUAUAGUGAUCAUUAUAUCGGGUAACUAACACCUACCCAAGAUGCCACCUGUGGAGGCCUUCAUGCUGGACAUCUGGGCAAAGGAGGCGGACUCCCCCACCAUCCAGGUGGACUGUCUGCUGCCCACAGGGAUCUACAUACCCCUCACCUGUAGUAGGGACGCUACCAUCGAACAGAUCAAGAGGGAUCUAUGGCAGGAGGCUCGUACCUACCCACUGUACUCUGAGCUGGCAGAGGUACAGUCCUAUGUCUUCAUGUGCAUCAACCAGACAGCUGAACAGGAGGAACUUCACGAGGAACAGCGGCGUUUGUGUGAUGUGCGACCUUUUCGACCCAUCCUGAAACUGGUGCAGAAGAAAAAAGACCCAGCUGCAGUAGAGAAGCUGCUCAACUCACAGAUCAGUGUUCUUAUAGGGAAAGGCUUGCAUGAAUUUGACUCGAUGAAGGACCCUGAGGUGGAUGAAUUCAGGGGUCGGAUGCGGCAGAUGGUACGUGAUAUUGCUGACUCGCGCAAAGAGAAGAGCUGGGUCGAGCGUUUGCAGUACCAGUUUCCUCCGCGACUCGAAUCCAGCGAGGACCUCCCAAAACACAUGCAGCCCGCAAACAACAAUCUUGUGGUCAACAUCCGUUUCCAUAACACAGAUAUGAGCUACUCAUUCCAGGUGCAUGUCAUGGCUUUCCCCAUAGAGCUGCAUCAGCUCGCACUCAAGAAGAAAGCCUCCUUCUUACGCCAGCCAGAGGAGGAUCCUGCGGACUUCACCCUGAAGGUGUGCGGGCAGUUCGACUACCUCAUUGGCGAGUUCCCCAUCAGCCGUUUCAAGUAUGUACGGAAGUGCCUGUCCAAGGCCACAACGCCCCAACUCAUGCUGGUGAACUUAGACAACAUUGACCUUGAACCUGUGACCUCUCCCACGACCCCUGACCCCGAGGGUCCCCCGCCCCUCCCCUGUAAGCAGGAGAAGAUGGUGUCCCUCUGGAACAUCGAGGCCAGGGUGAAGAUCACUGUGGUGAAUGCAAGUAGCCUGAAUGCAGUAGACAACAACAAGGUGUUUGUGAAGGCAGGCCUGUACCAUGGUGGGGAGACCCUGUGCAGCAUCUCCACCACGAAGGAAGCCUCGUGUGUCGGGGGUGACGCCAGCUGGUCGGAGGUCCUGGAGUUUGACCUUGAUGUAAAUGACCUUCCUCGCAUGGCGCGCAUCUGUCUGGCUAUCUAUGAGGCUGGGAAGAAGGGCAGGAAGAGUAAGAAGGGAAGGGAGUCCAGAGAGUCCUACCCCAAGGAUUCCAUCCCUCUCGGCUGGGUAAACAUCACCAUGUUUGACUACCGUGACCACCUCAGGUCAGGUACCUUUGUACUACACACCUGGCCGUGGCCAGACAGUGGUGCCGAGGUCCUCAACCCGAUUGGCACGGUGGUCUCCAACCCCAACUUUGGUGCUACAGCUCUACAGGUGGAGCUGCACUCAUACCACGCCUGCCCCAUCAUCUACCCACCUUUUGACAAGGUUCUGGAAUGUGCUGCUAACAUACGGGCGGAGAGUCAGGUGGCUGAGGAGUCCAUUUAUUCUGGGCAAGACAGCCAUGGAAGCUCAGCGGUUUCCCAUGGUGCAAUAGACCAGCUGCAGUGCAUUCUGGACCGUGAGCUGAUGGCGCCGAUGUUCGACCAGGACAUGGAGAUGAUCUGGCAGCUACGGGAGAAGAUCCACGAGUUGUUCCCCCACGCACUGGCCAAACUGCUGUCCUCUGUCAAGUGGAACAACCACAGGGAUGUGGCACAGAUGCAGGCCCUGCUGAAUGCCUGGUCCCCACUGCUGCCCCAUGCUGCUAUGGAGCUGUUGGACUACAACUACGCUGACCAGGCUGUCCGUGCCUUUGCUGUGAAGUGCCUGAAUCAGCUGACUGAUGAGGAGCUGUCCCAGUACCUGCUGCAGCUGGUGCAGGUGCUGAAGUACGAGGCUUACCUGGACUGUGAGCUGGCCAGGUUCCUCCUCAUGCGGGGGCUCAACAAUCAACGCAUCGGACACUACCUCUUCUGGCACUUCAGGUCUGAGAUGCACAACCCUGCGGUGUCUGUGAGGUUUGGUCUGCUGCUGGAGGCCUACUGUAGAGGGUGUUCCACUCACAUGAAGGCACUCAGCAGACAGAUGGAAGCCCUGAGUAAGCUAAAGACAGUCAAUGAGCUGGUGAAGAAACAGGCAAUAAAGAAUGAGAAGCACAAACAGCUGAGUCUGGAGGCCAUGAAGGCCUGCCUGAAGCAGACAUCGUACCACGAUGCCCUGUCUCACAUCCACAACCCUGUGGAACCCCAGUUCAAACUGCUGCAGCUCAGUAACGACCACUGCAAAUUCCGUGACUCCAAGAUGCGCCCGCUGUGGCUUGUGUUUGAGAAUGAGGACCGCUUCGGGGACCACGUCACACUCAUGUUUAAAGAUGGAGAUGACCUUCGUCAGGACAUGUUGACCCUCCAGAUUAUCCAGGUGAUGGAGAUGUUGUGGCAGGCAGAAGGGAUAGACCUGCGGAUGAGUCCCUAUGGUUGUCUGUCCACAGGGAACAAGGUUGGGUUAGUGGAGGUUGUCCUGAAUGCUGACACCAUUGCCAAUAUCCAGAAGGACAAGGGGAGUACGGCCACUGCAGGGUUCAAGAAAGGGUCACUCUUCAUGUGGCUGAAGGAGAAGAACCCAGAGAAAGAGAGUCUAAACAAGGCAGUGCAGGAGUUUACCCUAUCCUGUGCUGGAUACUGUGUGGCCACCUAUGUGCUGGGUGUGGGAGACAGGCAUAGUGAUAACAUCAUGAUUAAAGAGACAGGACAGCUGUUUCAUAUAGAUUUUGGGCACUUCCUUGGGAACUUCAAGACCAAGUUCGGUAUCAAGCGGGAGCGUGUGCCGUUUGUGCUGACCCAUGACUUUGUUCACGUCAUCACCAAGGGGCAGUCUACACAGGGCAGUCAGGAGUUUGCAGCUUUCCGCCAGCAUUGCGAGGGGGCGUACCUGAGCUUGAGGAAGUAUGGGAACCUGUUGAUCAGUCUGUUUGCCAUGAUGUUGUCCAGUGGGCUGCCAGAGCUGACCAGCCCAAGUGACAUCAAUUACCUCAAGGACAAGUUGGCCCUGGAGAUGACCCAAGAAGAAGCUCUGAGGCACUUCCGUGAGGAGUUUGACAAUGCUCUUAAGCAGAGCUGGAAAACCUCAGUCAACUGGUGGCUGCACAACAUUGCCAAGGACAACAAAUAACCACUAAGCACUAAGAAAAGUCACAGCAACGUAAAGUAUAGCCUGUGUAGUUUUUGGCAAUGCCUCAGAGGUGGAGACGAUAUUGUACCUUUAUGUACCUAUAAUUCCACCUUACAAGUGCCUUUCUAAAUCUUUGCCUAAGUUCUAAUCUUGCUUGAUUCAAUGGAAAAGAGGGCUGAACAGGAGCUGAUGGUGGUUUCACAUUGAUGCAGUAUUAUUUCCUUACUGUAGAGAAUACAAUGUUUUCUGAAGGGUCAGAAAAAUUAAAAUGCGUUAGGCAGAUCACCUUAGGCCUGCUUACUAAAGUCCACGAUAAUCGUUUUAAAUUACUUAAGGAAUAUCUUAAGGAGGAAAAUGUUCUGUAGGUCAAAAAGCCUUUCUUGCCUCUUUUACAUGUAUAUUGACUUGUGACCACUUGUGUUUGGGGCCAAUGGAUUACUUUUGAGAUUUAAUGAAGUAUAUUGUAUAUGUCACGUAAAGCAAUAACAUUACAUGAUCUUUUAAUUUUACAAUUUUUAAGGCUUUUGAGGCAAAGACUGAUUUUUAUAUGUCUUUUUUUAUAUCUCUUUUCUAUGCUGCACCAACAGUAGUUUUGUGAAGUCAAAAAGUGUUCAGUCUGGUGGUAAUCUGGUGGUAAUUUUAGAGAAAGUGAUAGUUGGAUUUUUAAAAAAAUGAUAUUGAGUAUUAAGGGGCACAAUUGCCAAGGCUGCAUCUUUGAUUUUUAUAAAUUUCCAGAGAUAUCUACUUCAUUUUCUACUUGCUGGCUUUCAAGAUGAUAUCAAAGUACGUGUCUUAGAUUUAGUGACAUCUGUUCCAUAUUUAGUGUUUUUCAGCAUAUUGCCCUCUUUAUGGUCUAAAUUCUUGUAGCCGAAAAUUAUUUUGAUCUUGAUGUUAUUCUUCUUCUUAUGAAUAGUUGCGUGUGUAAGGUGCCUGUGCAAUUGUUUCCUUACCAUUUUUCCUCCAAAUGUUUGAAAGUUGUAUUAUUCCAGCGCUGCAGGCAGUGUUGAUGUUCUUAGGUGCAGUUGUGAUUUUACUACAUACAUAUAUAGCUGUACUCUGUUAUAAUAGCACAUAAAAUGUGCUGUUAUUUCGAUCUUAGUUGGCAUGAAGGCAACAUUUGUUCACAAUUUUAUUGGAAAAUAUCAUUCUGCUUUUCAUAUCUAGAAAUACACUUUCCAUCUUAUGAGAUGAGUGGUAAAAUAUGGUGCCAUAAUAUAAGACAAAAACAUGGUAGCAGUGCUACAAUUGUAUAGGGUAAUUGCCUAAGACAAUGCCAUAAAUCAAUUAUUUACCUUUGUUACCACCUUUGUAUGGAGGUCGAGGAGAGUUGAUACCAUUUUUAUUGCCCAUAUCAAAUUUAGACAAUCGUGUUUUGGACCAUAUUCAUACGAGUGUCUCGCUAGGCUUAUUUUGUUUGUGAUUUUUAUAUUGAGUUCUCUUUGCAGAGCUACAUAAAUGUAAUAUAACGUUAUAUUCUUAAACUUCUAUUUCUUAAAUUUUUCUCAAACAGGCUACUAUAAUACACAAUGUACAUUUUGAGGUAUACAGAGUCCAAAUAAACUAAUGAUAACCAUUCCAAUCAUGAUCAUUACAUGUUAAUGGUGCCAUAAAUAUACAAACUUUCUUGAGCCUUGUUUUCAUCAUCCCCAGACUUUUAGUACAAAUCUUAAGACAAACAUGCAGUUCCAAGGACAUUUUUAAAGUCUGCACUUUGUAAAGAUGUUAUAUAUUCUGAUGGCAUAAUGAUUGAAGUAUUCAAGAACAUUAUUAUUGUUAACCACCUACUGUUUUGUAGGAUCGUCAAGAAUCACUGAAAGAUUCAACAAUACAAUAUAGUGGAUUUUAGAUGGUAAAAAUGUUUAUUGUUAAUCACCUAUACAGGUAAAUUUAAUCACUGUUUACUUAGGCAAUUCAUCUAGCCUUACUGGGUAUGUCAGGAUUUGAACUGAGGAAACAUUUACUUAUUUCUUAGAUUAUUGUUUUAUAUAGUUUGUUCUUUGCUUAUGUAAAUGCACCCGUUCUGUAUAUCACUCAGUUUAUACAGUACAUCAGGUUAAGCUUCGUAGAAUGCCUGCAAUGGCGUUCUGUUGAAUGUACAUGGUGCAUGCAGCUAUCCACAAAUCUAUUGCAUUGUUGCAAAAAAUGCUAUUUUAUCUUGCACACUUACUUAGCGAUUGAAAAAAUACAUUCCAGAAGACAAUCAAAGUGUGAGCUUAAGGAUUGUAAACAGUAUGAAUCUACGGAAUAAAGUACUUGAGCACAAAUG